UGUAGCUAAAAAAAAGAGAAAGAAAAGGUUUAGAGUGCGUUUGUAGUUAGUACACUAGGAAGCAUAAAAAACGCUCCGCACUACUGAGAAGAGGAUCAUCCAUUUCUUGGGAGGACAUCUUCAUUUACACCUGCAGAGAAGGGUGCCAGCCAGAAGGAGGAGGAAGAGACUACCGGAAGUUCGAAGCUGACCAAAACAAGCGGGGCUUCAACAGUUCAUCGGCUUUAAGAUGGAGCUCACUAUUACGCAACCUGAUGAUUGGCAUCUUCACCUUCGUGAUGGUUCUCUUCUUGAAGCUGUCCUCCCUCACAGUGCUAAGAAUUUUGGAAGGGCUAUUGUGAUGCCAAAUUUGAAACCACCCAUCACUACCACAUCUGCCGCUGUCACUUAUCGAGAGUCCAUUUUGAAAGCAAUACCUACAGAUAGCAACUUCACUCCUCUCAUGACACUUUACCUCACAGACUUGACUACGCCCGAUGAGAUUAAACUUGCAAAAAAAAGUGGACUUGUGUAUGGUGUGAAGUUGUAUCCUGCUGGUGCCACUACGAAUUCCCAAGAUGGUGUUACAGAUCUUUUUGGAAAUUGUUUUUCUGUUCUCGAGGAAAUGGUUGAGCAAAAUUUACCAUUAUUGGUUCACGGAGAGGUUACAAAUUCAGAUGUAGAUAUUUUUGACCGAGAAAAGGUCUUUAUUGAAACAAUUUUGCAGCCUUUAGUUCAAAGGCUUCCAAAGCUGAAGGUUGUAAUGGAGCAUAUUACUACUGCAGAUGCUGUUAAAUUUGUAGAGUCUUGCAAAGAAGGUUUNGUAGCAGCAACCGUAACACCACAACAUCUUCUUCUGAAUCGUAAUGCUUUGUUCCAAGGUGGCUUACAGCCUCACAAUUACUGUCUUCCAGUGCUCAAAAGAGAGAUCCAUAGACAGGCUAUUGUUUCGGCUGUUACUAGUGGAAGUAAACGAUUUUUCCUUGGAACUGAUAGUGCACCACAUGAUAGGCGAAGAAAGGAAUGUUCAUGUGGAUGUGCUGGGAUAUACAACUCCCCGGUAGCUCUAUCACUAUAUGCCAAGGUUUUUGAAGAGGCCGGGGCACUUGAUAAGCUGGAGGCUUUUACAAGCUUUAAUGGGCCUGACUUCUAUGGCCUCCCCAGAAAUAAGUCAAAGAUUAAACUGAGGAAAGCUCCUUGGAAAGUACCUGAUUGUUUUUCAUUUCCAAUUGGAGACAUUGUUCCCAUGUUUGCUGGUGAAAACCUUGAAUGGGAGGCAUUGCCUUGUUGACUUGCAUGUCUAUUUCAAAGUGCGGUAUCCUUCAGUAAUCUUGUUCUAGUCUUAUCAGUCAGUUCUGCGUUUAUUUUGCAGACUGUUAUCAUUUCCAUUUUCUAGGUCAGGCUCAGGUAAGUUUCAUUAUAAACCAAAGCACUGACUGUGAUUCAUAAAUUAUUGGUUGUUUAACUGGGAAUUUUGGUAAUAUUCAGAACUUUGAUUAGGCAAUUUGGUUGUUCAGAUUUUAUAAAUAAACGCUGCUUAAAUUUUCCCGAUCUGUCUUGUUUCCAUUUUCAAUUUAUGGAUCUUUGAAUGUCUGUAUGAACCAAAGCGCCCACAGGCCAAUAGUCUCUACUGGGAUACCAAAUUUCAUAACUUGUUUCAAAA